UUGGUCAGAGUUACUGAAGCGAGCUCAAGUCUCCAUCUGUGUAGAUUAGACCAUUAUCCUCUUAACUCCGAGUGUCCUGCAGUCUCUGCUUCAGCUCCUUGCAAUAAUAAAAAAAAACAUUAAAAAAACGUAAAUAAGAAGAAACUUGACGUCUGUGGCGGAUCGGCUCUUUUUUCAUUGACGCUUUUGGAUGCAGAAGUUUAGUUGACCGCGUGUUUAGUGGGGUGUGAGUGGAUGUGUGUGCGCUUUUCAAGACACUGUAAUCGCAUCAGACCGGCUUCACCGCGAACACCGACCUGCAUACAGUCCAGAUCGUAAAAAAAAGCUUUAUUUGUUUUAAAGACUUUGUUUUUUGGAGUAAGGAUGAGGAGUGAUAGCAUUUGAAACUUCGAUUGACGCCAUCAAUAUUUCUCAAUCAGUAAAAAUGCUCCUCCGGACAGGUGUCGUGGUGGUUUUUGCAUUGGUGUGGAUGUGUGGCAUCGCUCUUUGUGCUAGAAAGUCUGGGGCACGCAAGUCAGAGAGGUUGAGUCCACCGCUGGACAUCCAGCUGGAGACAGUGAACUGCACAGCGUUCAGUGUCCGGUGGAAAAUGCCCCGCAGACACGUCAGCACCAUCACUGGCUACAAGGUGUUUUACACAGAGAUGAGGAAUAAUCGACCAACCAGCAAUGCUGUUGUCCUGGAAGUCCCAUUGAGUUUAGAAAUGCUCACAACGGGGCAGUUUGAUGGUCAAGCCAGCUUUGAUGUUGUAAUUGGGAAUCUGAAGGUGGCCACGCAGUACCGGGUCAGUGUAGGAGCGUAUGGCUGGGCAGGAGAGGGCAGACCCAGCAUGCCCCGGGACAUCAGCACUGGCUCUCAUGAAAAGUGCAUGCCUCCUGCUCCUCCAACACAGCCCAAUGUGGUGGCAGUGUCCGACACUGAGCUGGCGAUGUCAUGGCAACAUGGAGAGAGUGAUGGAAGCGCACCUGUGCUCUACUUCCUGGUGGCCUAUAUCAGGCCGGAGAUGGACACUGAGUGGACGUACAUCAGAGAGCCUGUGGAGUCCAACUCUAUGGUGCUCAAGGGUCUGAUUCCUGAGACAGAGUACCAGUUUGUGAUCCGAGCCGUAAAUGCACACGGCAUCAGCCCUCCCAGUGCCAUAAACAACCCCGUUCGCACUCUCGGUUCAGUGGACACAGGCAGUGGAGACUAUGACGUCUACAUCUCAAACUCUGAUAAUAAAGAUGAAGACAAGCUUGAUAUCGAUGACUCUGACUAUGAUUUCUUCAUUGAGGAGAUGAAGUUUCCUAGCAGUAAGAAGAGCGGCAGGCGGUCUCAGCUACGCUCCCGCAUCGGGACUCCUGGAAAUGGGAAUGUUAUUUACAGGAUGCGAACCCCUGUUUCCCCAAAUAUCAGCUUCACUCCGACAACAGCAUCGAUAUGGACCACAACAACAACAACUACAACUGUAACCAUGACAACCACGUCCAGGACAACAGCCACACCCAUUGUACGGACUGCCACGCCUCCUCCCGCAGUGCCAUCUUCCAGUCCAUCAAUGACACCAUGGAAAGGGGAAAGAGCUCGAGUCUAUGAUGUGCCAUGUGAAGAGACGGUCUGCCCUGCUGACAGCUUCUGCAUCAAUGAUUACGACACUGGCGGCUCUCGAUGUCACUGCAACCUCGGCCGACAGGGAGACUUCUGCUCAGAAGGUCUGACGAUAAAUUUCCCAAAGUUUUACGGCUACUCUCACAUGACGUUCGAGCCUCUUAAAAACUCGUAUCAGAGCUUCCAGAUCAGCCUGGAGUUUAAGGCAGAGGCUGAGGACGGACUGCUUUUGUAUUGUGGAGAGAAUGAACACGGUAGAGGAGAUUUCACCUCCCUCGCUCUCAUACGGGGAAAACUACACUACAGGUUUAACUGUGGGACAGGAGCAGCACAGAUCAUCAGCGACAGCUCUAUUGUGAUUGGACAGUGGCACACCGUCACCAUAUUUAGAGACGGCAUGAAUGGCUGGCUGCGAUUGGACAAUGACACACCGGUGUCAAGCCGUUCACAGGGUCAGUACACCAAAAUAACCUUCCGGACAGCUUUGUUUUUGGGUGGAGCUCCAAAUGGCUACUGGUUAGUGAGAGCUGUGGGCACCAACCGCGGCUUUCAGGGCUGCAUGCAGAGUCUGACUGUCAACAGUAAAGCCAUAGACAUCCGACCCUGGCCUAAAGGAAAUGCACUGAGUGGAGCAGACAUCGGCGAGUGCAGUAACAGUGUGUGUGAGAAGGUCACCUGUGCCAACGGAGGGAUCUGCUUUGCCAACCGCGCGGACGGCUUUAUCUGCCUCUGCCCUCUGGGUUAUAAGGGCUUCCUCUGUGAGGAGAGUUUCCUCUUGUCUCUGCCCCAGUUUAACCAGAGCAUGUUCUCGUACGCCAGCGCCCCCUGGCCUCAAUCGUCCCACAACUACCUUUCCUUCAUGGAAUUUGAGGUGACCUUCCAGCCAACCAGUCCUGACGGCACGCUGCUCUACACUGAUGAUGCCACCAGUCGGGACUUUCUGUCCAUCAGCCUAGUGGCCGGAUAUGUGGAGUUUCGCUUCGACUGUGGCUCCGGUGCAACAGUCAUCAGGAGUGAAGAAGCCAUUGCUAUGAAUGUGUGGCAUGAGUUACGUGUGUCUCGCACCGCAAAAAACGGCAUCCUGCAAGUAGACAACCAGAGGCCAGUGGAGGGCAUGGCAGAAGGUGCAUUUACACAGAUAAAGUGUAGUUCUCCUCUUUAUAUCGGAGGAGUUCCUAAUUAUGACAUUACUAAGCCCAGCGCUGGCAUCCUGAGACCCUACAGUGGAUCUGUUCAGAAGAUCACUCUAAAUGAUCGCGGUAUAGAGCUGAAUCCAGGCCAGGCGUUUGGUGUGAACGUGCUGAACGCGGCUCAUCCGUGUGUGGACAACCCGUGUGCGAAUGGAGGAACAUGCAGGGCCAAGUGGGACGAAUACGACUGCGACUGUGCUCUUGGGUAUGAUGGAAAACACUGUCAGAAGGAAUGUGGGAAUUAUUGCUUAAACACGGUAACUGAAUCCAUUGAGAUCCCUCAGUUCACCGGACGCAGCUAUCUGACAUAUGACAACAGAGAUAUCCUCAAGAGGAUUUCGGGUUCCAGAACAAACUUGUUUAUGCGUUUUAAAAGCACGUCCAAAGAUGGACUUUUAUUAUGGCGUGGAGAGAGUCCGAUGAGAGCCAACAGUGAUUACCUGUCUUUGGGUCUUCAAGACGGAUCGCUUAUUUUCAGUUAUAAUCUGGGUAGUGGAGCUGCUACUGUGGUCAUCAAUGGUACAUUCAGUGAUGGCAAAUGGCACAGAGUGAAGGCUGUGAGGGAUGGACAGUCUGGUAAACUCACUGUCGAUGACUAUGGAGCUCAAACCGGCCGUUCUCCUGGUAAAAUGAGACAGCUGAACAUCAACGGUGACCUAUACAUUGGUGGGAUGAAGGAGAUCGCGCUCCACACUAACAGGCAGUACAUGCGAGGUUUGGUGGGAUGCAUUUCUCAUUUCACUUUGGCCACAGACUACCACCUGUCUCUAGUGGACGAUGCAGUCGACGGCAAGAACAUCAACACCUGCACCAACUGAACAGCUCAAAUCUACAACAAGAACACCUGCAAUUACAUCUACACCUGCACCCACUGAACUCCUUAAAACACCAAAAAAUAACACCUGCACUUACAUCUACACCUGCAGCAACUGAACAUCUGAAAACACCAACAAUAUCACCUGCAUUUACAUCUACACCUGCACAAACUGAACAUCUGGAAACACCAACAAUAACACCUGCAAUUACAUCUACACUUGCACCAACUGAACAUCUUAACAUCAACAAUAACACCUGCACUUACAUCUACACCUGCACCAACUGAACAUCUGGAAACACCAACAAUAACACCUGCACUUACAUCUACACCUGCACCAACUGAACAUCUUAACACCAACAAUAACACCUGCACUUACAUCUACAGCUGCACCAACUGACCAUCUUAAAACACCAACAAUAACACCUGCACUUACAUCUACACCUGCACCUACAUCUACACCUGCACCCACUGACCAUCUUAAAACACCAACAAUAACACCUGCACUUACAUCUACACCUGCACCCACUGAACUUCCUAAAACACCAACAACAACACCUGCACUUACAUCUACACCUUCACCAACUGAACAUCUGGAAACACCAACAAUAACACCUGCACUUACAUCUACACCUGCACCAACUGACCAUCUUAAAACACCAACAAUAACACCUGCACUUACAUCUACACCUGCACCCACUGAACUUCCUAAAACACCAACAACAACACCUGCACUUACAUCUACACCUGCACCCACUGAACUUCCUAAAACACCAACAACAACACCUGCACUUACAUCUACACCUGCACCCACUGAACUUCCUAAAACACCAACAACAACACCUGCACUUACAUCUACACCUGCACCCACUGAACUUCCUAAAACACCAACAACAACACCUGCACUUACAUCUACACUUGCACCAACUGAACAUCUUAACAUCAACAAUAACACCUGCACUUACAUCUACACCUGCACCAACUGAACAUCUGGAAACACCAACAAUAACACCUGCACCAACUGACCAUCUUAAAACACCAACAAUAACACCUGCACUUACAUCUACAGCUGCACCCACUAAACUUACUAAAACACCAACAACAACACCUGCACUUACAUCUACACCUGCACCAACUGAACAGGUCAAAUCAACAACAAUAUCACCUGCACUUACAUCUACACCUGCACCAACUAAACUACUCAAAUCACCAACAACACCACAUGCAUUUACAUCUACACUUGCACCAACUGAACAUCUGGAAACACCAACAAAACACCUGCACUUACAUUUACACCUGCACCAACUGAACAUCUGGAAACACCAACAAAACACCUGCACUUACAUCUGCACCUGCACCAACUGAACAUCUUAACAUCAACAAUAACACCUGCACUUACAUCUGCACCUGCACCAACUGAACAUCUUAAACACCAACUAUAACACCUGCACCAACUGAACAUCUCAACAUCAACACCUGCACCAACUAAACACAUCAAAAACACCAAUACCGGCUGAACAUCUUAAAAACACCAACAACAACAACAACACCUGCACUAAAACACCAAUACCAAAAACACCAAAAUCAACACCUGCACCAAAUGUAUACCUUGAAAACAUCAACAUCUACACCUGCACCUGAGAGCUCAAAAACAAAACACUUAUGUGUACUCUUCAAAAAUAUUUUGAAAUUAUAUUGAGCUAAGAAGCUACAUAAAUACCUGCUAUAUCAGUGAAUAUAUGAUCAAUUCAACAAUAACAUAAUGAAAGACCCAAAUGUUAAACAGAGUCUGAUGAUAAGCAUUUAUAUGGAAGCAUUCUACAGCAAAAGACAAAAUUAUUACUGAAAUUUAAAUUAUUUUUUAAAUAUUUUCAAAGUGAUGUUUAACUGAGGGAGGAAAUGUUUAACAGUUGUUGUAGAUCAGUAUUAUUAAAAAUAUAUAUAUAUUCUGCUACAGAACACACCACUGUUCAAUGACUUGCCUAAUUACUUAACUUUCAUUCAUUUUUAUUUGCUUAUUCGGGGCCGGGUCACAAGGAAGCAGUCUUAGGACAGAACCUCAGACUUCCCUCUACCCAGACACUUCCUCCAGCUCCUCCUGGGGGAUUCCGAGGCAUUCCUCGGUCAGCCAAGAGUCAUAGUCCCUGCAGUGUGUCCUGGGUCUACCCCGAGGCCUUCUCCCGGUGGGACAUGCCUGAAACACCUCCCUAGGUACUCAUCAAGAAGACAUCUGUAACAAAUGCCCGAGCCCCCUUGGCUGCGGCUCUACUCUAAGCUGGUGAAAGAGCUGAUCACCCUAUCUAUAAGGGUACGCCCUGCCACCCUUCAUAGAAAACUUUUUUCCGCCACUUGUAUCCGAGAUCUUGUCCUUGCGGUCAUGACCCAAAACUUAGGUCCAGAAGUGAGAGUAGGAAUGUAGAUUGAUCUGUAAAUCGAGGUCAACAGCUCCCCAGUUCCUCUGUAACAGUGUCAGUGGAAGUGCUUUUCCCUUCUGAGGUGCCAGAUGGUUUACCAGAAUCUCUUUGGAGCUGACCUGUAAUCUUCCCCCAUGGUCCCCCCGAACUCUUUCCAGGCCAGAGUUUUUGCUUCCACAACCACCCGGGCUGCAGCACGCUUGGCCUGUCGGUGCCCAUCAGCUGCCUUGGGAGUCCUACAAGCCAUUCAAGCCCUGUAGAACUCCUUCUUUAGCUUGAUGUUGUCCCUUACUUCUGGUGUCCACAGCUUGGUUAGUGGAUUGCCGCCUCGACAGGCCCCACAGACCUUACAGCACCUCACAGCCGCGUCAGCAAUAGAGUCGGAGAACAUGGACCACUCAGUCUCAAUGUCUCCAGCCUCCCUUGGGAUCUGGUAAAAACUCUUCUGAAGGUGAGGAUUGAAAAUCCGUCUGACUUGAGAUUCAGCCAGACAUUCCUAGUGGACCCUCACAAUACGUUUUGGCCUGCCAGGUCUGUCCAGUUUUCCCCCAUGCCAAUGGAUCCAACUCACCACCAGGUGGUGAUCAGUUGACAGCUUCUACCCCUCUCUUUACCCAGGUGUCCAAGACAUAUGAUUAGAGAUCAGACGAUAGAACCUAAAAGUCGAUCAUUGACCUCCGUCGUAGGGUGUCCAGGUGCCAUGUGCACUGAUGGACACCCUUAUGCUCGAACAUCGUGUUUGUUAUGGACAAACUGUGAUUAGCACAGAAGUCCAAUAACCGAACACCACUCUUAUUCAGAUCAGGGGGGCUGUUCCUUCCAAUCACGCCUCUCCAGCUAUCACUGUCAUUACCCACGUGGGUGUUGAAGACCCCCAGUAGAACAACGGAGUACUCAGUCUGAGCACCUUAAAGCACCUCUCCCAAGGCCUCCAAGAAGGCCAGGUACUUGCCUUUGUUCGGUCCGUCGGCACAAACCACCGUGAGAGACCUUCCCCUGACCUGAAGGUGCAGAGAGGUGACACUCUCUUUCAGCGGGGAAAAACUCCAACAUGGCAGCUAAGUUGGGGAGCUAAAAGCAAGCCCACACCACCCCACUGCCUCUGACCACGGGCAAUUCCAGAGUAGAAGAAGUUCCAGAGGCCUACCUAUGCGUGGAGGUGAGCCUAACUAUCUCUACUCAGUACUGUUCCACCUCCUGCACAAGCUUAGACUCUUUCCUGCCCAGUGACGCGGCAUUCCAUGUCCCAAAAGCCAGUUUUUGUGCCCGACGAUUGGGUUUUUGUGGUUCUAACCUUUGACCACCAAACAUUUCACAAUUUACUGGCCACGUACGGUUCCCCCUGCAGGUGGUGGGCCUGCAGGAGGAUGGUCUCACGUCGCUCUUUCAGGUUGAGUCCGGCCAGGUUCCGUGGGAUAAACCGGGCCACCAGGUGCUCGCCUUUAAACCUUAACUUACCUUGUUAACCUGUUUAACUUAGUCAAGCCAUUAAAUUGAUCUUUAAGCUGGUAUUUUGCAAAAUACCUAGUAAAAUAGUAUGUACUGUCAUCAUGACAAAGACAAAAGAAAUUAGUUAUCAAAAGGGUUAAGUUUAAAAAGAAGUUCACUGUUAAACAGCACUGGAAAAUAUUUUUAAAAUAGUUUAAAGAAAUGUCACAAUAGUACUGAUUACAGUGACUAAACACUUGUCUUGUAAAUUUUCUAUUGUACGUCUGCAAUAUUAACCAAAAGUUUAGAAAUUUAACCAAGCCACAGUGAAUGUUGGCAUAUUUCUUAUCAGCGAGCCUGCAGAUUAAGACGGGAUGAGCUCAGAGGUUAUUUGUUCCUUAUGCAAGAUUUGUUUUAUAAUCUAAUCUAUUGCAUAUCAUCCUUGCUGUUUGUUUUUAAGUCUACAUCUCUCUGCACUUACAGUAUGAGUUACAAAUGAUGUUCAGCUGUUGCAUUUUUCUCUUCAAGGGCAAUGGUCAGGGAGAACUGUAUUUAUGUUUAUUGAUUUUUUAUAUCGUUAAUUUUUUAUUCAGUAUAUAGACAGUUGAAUUCAUACUGUAGAUGAUGAGUAGAGCUUUUGAGAAAUGUUUCUGUCAGGCUGUCUGUAUGUUAUAGCAUAGCAAACGUCUCUGUUUUCUGAGGUAAUCUUUGCACUGUUGAGUUUUGGGCUGCUUGUGCUGAAAGGACAAAGUGAUGUGGUUUUUCUUUUGUAUCAGAGGUUUCACUUUCAACGUCUCUGCCUCUCUUUUCCUUCUAGCUUUACAAACUUUUAUGAAUCCCAAAGACUUUUAUAGCUGAGUACUAUAGCUCUUUAUUUAUUUAUUUAUUUUUUCUUUCGUGUAAGUUAAUGGAAAGCAUCUCUUAAUGUUUCUGCCUUGAUGAUGUUUAAAAUGCCUAUCAUUUUGCCAUCAAAAAUGUGACUUACUGAUUUUAUUCAUGAAAUAAAACAAAUGUCAGACACUGAAUUU